UUUGGUUGUGGGAUACUGUUAGGGUUUGAUUAAUGGCGAAAAGAAGAGCUAAGAGAAAAGUUGUUAAAGCAUCUGCAACACAAGCCAGCAAUUCAAAUGAUGAUCAUCAAAAGACACAAAUCGAGAAGCAACAACUCGCAUUAAGCGAUCAUGAAGUUGAAUGCCAAAUUGCUCCUAUUAGGGCAAUUCGUGAUAUGGAAACAGAUCGUCUUCUAACUAGGUUGCGAUUACUUCGAUCAAAUCUCAGUGAGGAACAGCUGAAAACCCCUAUUCUACAAUUUCUCAAAGAAAACUUACCGAACCUGUCAGUGGUAAGAGAUGAAAGGAACAGACGAUUUGAAUUGGAAUGGGAGAAUAAAGACGCAAAUUUGUCCAUGAGCCAUGCUGACGAAAGGAAUAUACAUCCAUCUCUUUUACAAUUGAUGUCAAUAGCUUAUCCUGAUUGUGCUACUGAAAUUCCAAAUUUCAGUGGCUUUGAGCACUUAAGUAAUGCUGUGAAAAGGAAUUUCUUCAGAGUUGCAAACCUGCAGGAACAGGCACAAACUCAGUUGCUUCAAUUACCAGAUGCCUUCCCUAAUCCUGAGAUGAAUGCAGAGAGUUCGUCCAUUGGCAUGAAACUCAAAACUCCAAGGCUCCCAAAGCAUGGUGAGAUGCUCGUUUCUGUCCAUGGCUCCCCCCUUGGAGUUUACAACGAAGAUAACAUGGAAGCAAUACAUGAAUCAGAAGAAGGUUAACUGGUCUGGAGCUGUUUUAGUUGAUGGCUUUAACUCAAACAUUGCUUGUCAUCUUAAAGUUGGUGUUGAAGCUACCAAUGUAAAUUUGUAUAUUUUCACGUAUUGCUGACCAUAUACUGUCAUGAAAACAGUCACAUAUAUUCUACAUAUCAAAUUGAUAUUUUCUUGUGCA